ACGCUGGACCUCAGCCACAAUGCCCUCACCCAGCUCCACGACCGCUGGCUGGCCGCCCUCCCGCACCUUGAGGCCCUCCACAUCAGCCACAACCAGAUUAAGGACCUUUCUCCGCGGGCUUUCCACAAUGCCUCCUACCUGCGGCACCUCGACAUGUCCUCCAACCACCUGCACGCCGUCGAGACACACUACUUCGAUGAGCUGGUGAGCUUGGAGGAGCUGCUGCUCUACAACAACCGCAUUACACGAGUGGAUGAAAAUGCCUUCGCCAAGCUGAGCGGCCUGCGGAAAGUCUACCUGAGCUGGAACAACCUGACCACCUUCCCCUUCCGCUCGGUCCAAGGGCUGGGCAACUACAGCCUCCGCACGCUGGACCUCUCCUCCAACAGCCUGAGCAGCAUCCCUGUGGAGGAGCUGGCGGCUCUGCCCGAAAACAUCAGGAACGGCUUGUAUCUGCACAACAACCCCAUCAGGUGCAGCUGCCCGCUCUACCUGAUGCUCCAGCGCUGGAAGCAGCGAGGUUUCAGCUCCGUGAAGGAUUUCUUUGAGGAACACACCUGCAAGGUGUCCGACAACGUGCCCCGGUCCCUGAUCAAGUUCCUCAAAUACAGCCACAUGUUCGAGAACUGCUCAGCAGGCCCCGAAGACAUGCACCCCGUGCCCUUCCCUGUGAUGGUGGGCCAGACCCUUCUGCUCGCCUGCAACACAAGCCUGUCGGCCCCGGCCACCACCUACAUGUGGAUCUCCCCUCACCACGAGCCCAUCAAACACCCAGGGAACAGCAACCGCUCCUUGGAGGUCUACCGCAAUGGCAGCCUGAAGAUUGCGGUGGCCAAGCCUUGGCACUCGGGGGUCUAUGUGGGCUUGGCCAUCAACAGCCCCCACAAUUUCAGCAGGCUGUGUGAAGUCAACGUGACGGUUCACUACCCCAAGCCAGAUGGGGAGACCUUCAGCACCGGCCUCACGACCCUGCUAGGGUGCAUCGUGAGCCUGCUGCUCGUGCUCAUCUACUUGUACCUCACACCCUGCCGCUGCCUGAGCUGCUGCAAGAAGCCGGCUCCUCUCAGCCCUCCGCAGGAGUGCAGCGCCCAGUCCUCCAUCCUCAGCACCACUCCUCCCGCCACCGACGGGCCAAACCGCAAGGUCAGCACCAACAAGCACGUGGUCUUCCUCGAGCCCGUCAGGGAGACGCAGAACGGCAAGAUCCGUCUGGCUCUUGGCGAGGACUUCCCCGACCCCAAGCACCCCAAGGUCCUGCAGCUCAAGUCAGACUCGGAGUCCAUCAGCUCUGUCUUUUCGGACACCCCCAUCGUGUCGUAG